CCACCAUGUCGUCUGAGAAGGUUGACCUCGAGCAGGGGGUGCAAACGCAGGAUCACGAGCGCGUCGAUGUCACUGCGCCUGUGGGCGACACUUCGGCGGAGCGCGAGGACGAGCUGCGGCACAAGAGCCCGCUGUUCAGAUUCCUUGAUAAGGCGUUCAGCAAUGGUGUCGAGGCGCGCGGAAUCGAGCGCGUACCGGAAGACGAGCGCUCGUCGAAGCAUGCUAUCGGUCUGCUUGUGUUCUGGUGGAGUGUAAACCUCGCCGUGUCGACCGUGCCAGUUGGCAUGCUCGCGCAAGCCUUUUUCACUCUCACUCUCCGCUCCGCCGUCAUCUGCAUCGUCGUCUUCAACAUCCUCGGCGCGGCGUGCGUGGGCUUCAUCGCCACGCUCGGCCCGCAGACAGGCAUGCGCACCAUGGUGAUCACGCGGUACAGCGUGGGGUAUGUCGGCGCAUCGAUUUUCAGCAUCUUCAACAUCCUCACGCAGCUCGGCUUCUCGUGCACGGCCGUCAUUCUUGGCGGACAGACACUCACCAAUGUGUCAAACAACAAGCUGCCGCUCGAGGCGAGCGUCGUCAUCGUCGGCGUCUUGGCGCUCGUGCUCUGCUUCUUCGGCUACAAUGCCAUGCACUACUGGGAGCGCUAUGCCUGGAUCAUCAUGUUCAUCUUCUACUGCUGCAUGUACGGCCUCGGCGGCAAGGCCGGCUUCCGCCCGCACCUGCAGGACAGCGAGCAGGCGACUGGCAAGGCUUAUUCCGGCUCGAUGCUCAGCUUUGGCGGCAUCAUCUUCAGCUCGGCGGCGGGCUGGGCACCCGUCGCGGCCGACUUCAACUCGCGCCUCCCCGUCAACUAUCCCAAGUGGAAGGUGUUCACCAUGUCGUGGUUCGGCAUCAUGAUCCCGCUCGUGUUUGUCGAGACGCUCGGCGCCGUGCUCAUGACUGUGCCGGAGUACGCUGCUGCCUUUGCUGAGGGCGACGCUGGCGGCGUCAUCAACGCAGUCUUCAAGCCGUGGGGCGGAGGCGGCAAGUUUAUCAUGGUCGUCUUCAGUUUCAGCAUCAUCUCAAACUGCAUCCCAAACACAUACUCGGCUGCCCUGUCGAUCCAGACGUUGAUGCCCUUGUUCCAAAAGGUGCCUAGGGCUAUUUGGACUGUCCUCGUGUUUGUCAUCUACACUGUCGCUGCCAUCGCUGGCCGGGAACACUUCAGCACGGUGCUGUCCAACUUCUUGGCCAUUCUCGGGUACUGGAUCGCGUUCUUUAUUGUCGUCGUCGCAGAGGAGCACUUCAUCUUCCGCCGUUUCGUCAUUCCUGGAGGAUAUGACCUGAACGUGGGUGACACGCGCGUGAGGCUAGCGCUCACAUUCCAGGCCUACCACGAUAUCAAGCGCCUCCCCAUUGGUAUUGCGGGCAUCUUUUCGUGUGCCGCGGGCGCCGGUUUGGCGGUCGUGUCAAUGGCGCAGACGUGGUACAUUGGCCCGUUGGCCGCCACGCUGGGCGAGUACGGUGGUGACUUGGGCUUUGAGAUGAGCGCCAUCACCACGGGUGUGCUUUACCCGCCGCUCCGGUACAUCGAGUACAGGAUGACUGGGCGGUAGUGGCAGCAGGCAGGCAGGGGGUUAGGUGUAGUUGUCGACGUCGAUCGCACUGUCGCAAGCGCGGCGCGCGUGACGCGUCAUGUCGUGGUGGUGGCACUUGAUCCCUGUGGGAUACGUCGAUAAUCCCACGGACGGCUCGCGUAGCGCGGCUGUAGCGUGCGGGAUAACCGCCGGGAUAAGGCUCCAUGCAGGCUCCAUGUGAAUGAGGAGUUGGCUGUGGA